AAGAACACUCCUCCCCUCCUUCCUCCGAAGAGCCGGAGUUUUCUCCCUCUUUAAACUAUGAUUUGGCUCCCAGUCUUCUUCGCUGCAUGUUUCCCUUCGUGAGGGGAGAUUUCUGAGCUUGUUCAUGUCAUGACACAGUGCAGCGCAGGAUCGAAGUGGUCGCCUCUAACGCCACUGAAACUCCAGUGCCCAGGACUCUUUUCCAGUGCUUUGAGUUUGCUUACAUGAAAUAUGCGAUGUUCGCAGGAGUGCCCGGUUCUUCUUCUGCUACUGAACUCUGUUUUCAUCUUGGCAGCCGGCCACGAAGAGAUCUCUGACUCUGGCAGACUCCUCUCCCUCUUUGCAGAGCAAGGUCUGUUGUCCCAGUCAGGGUCAGACCUGUCCAUUGUCCACCCAGAGAAAACCAACGCUGAUGGAGAGUUCAUCUCCCACUCUCUGUCUCACCACUUCAAGGGUGGUAGAGUCAGGCGUGACCUACGACCUUUGGAGGGACAGGUUUACUAUAAGAUCAGCUACAAGGGGCGAGCUUUAAUGUUCAACCUGACUGCAAACAGUAACCUGGUUUCAAAUGACUACAUCCUGGAGAGGAGGAAUGGCAGUGCCAACAGGACUGAGCAUCGUCUCUCUGAGGGGAAUUCCUGCCACCUCCUUGGCACCGUGGAAGCCUCUGAUGUGCGAGGAACUGCUGCCAUUAGCACCUGUAGAGGACUGAGAGGCUUCUUCUCACUGCCAGAGGGACAGUAUUUUAUUGAGCCAGCCCAGAAAUCUAAUGAUCCUGCAGAUGCACCAGAGCCCCACAUUGUCUAUCCGAGAGUUACUACUGAAAGUCACAGAAAAAAACGAAACCUUGUGUCCAAGGAGACACCCAGCCCCUGUGGAGUGAAAGAUGCUCCAAGUGACUCUGUCCAGGUGGAGAGGGAAAGGGAGACAUGGGAGAGGGAGCAGCAGAGGGGGGAGGAUCAGGCUCAGUCCCGCUCGCAGCGCUCUGUCAGCAGAGAGAGGUGGGUGGAGACCAUGGUGGUGGCUGACUCCAAACUCAUCGAAUAUCACGGCAGUGAUAAUGUGGAGUCCUACAUCUUCACCAUCAUGAACAUGGUGGCAGGAAUCUUUCAUGACGCCAGUAUUGGGAAUGCCAUACAUGUUAUCUUGGUGCGCCUCAUUUUGCUACAGGGAGAAGAGAAAGGGUUAAAGAUUGUUCACCAUGCAGACACCACUUUGGCCAGUUUCUGUGCUUGGCAGAAAAACCUCAAUCCUCAGAGUGACACACACCCGGCUCACCAUGACCUUGCUGUGUUGGUCACCAGGAAAGACAUCUGUGCCGGAAUGAACCAGCCCUGUGAGACCCUGGGUCUGUCCCAUCUGUCUGGGAUGUGUCAGCCGCAUCGCAGCUGCAACAUCAAUGAGGAUUCAGGACUACCUGUCGCCUUCACCGUCGCUCAUGAAAUGGGCCACAGCUUUGGAAUUCACCACGAUGGCCAGGGGAAUGACUGUGAGUUGGAGGGGAGGCAUCCAUUCAUCAUGUCCAGACAGCUGAUGUAUGACAGCUCGCCUCUCACUUGGUCCUCCUGCUCCAAAGAAUACAUCACACGUUUCCUCGAUCGUGGCUGGGGUUUCUGUCUGGAUGACCGUCCAUCGAAGAGGGACCUCACCACCCCACUGGCUCGCCUUGGUGUCCGCUACACCACACACCACCAGUGCCAGCUCCAGUAUGGCCCAAAUGCUACCUUCUGCCCUGAGGUUGAUAACGUUUGCCAGAUUCUUUGGUGUUCAGUAAACGGCUCUUGUCGCUCCAAACUGGACUCACCUAUAGAUGGCACUCGCUGUGGACCAGAGAAGUGGUGUAUCUCAGGAGAGUGUGUGAUUGUGGGUAAACUCCCAGAGACAGUGAAUGGAGGCUGGGGACAGUGGAGUACCUGGUCUCACUGCUCCAGGACUUGUGGAACAGGUGUUCAGUCAGCAGAGAGGGAAUGUAAUAACCCCAAACCAGAGUUUGGAGGCAAGUACUGCACUGGAGAAAGGAAGCGGUAUAGGACUUGUAAUACAAAACCCUGCCAGAACAAUAAACCAACCUUUCGAGAGAUGCUGUGCAGUGAAUUUGACACCGUGCCCUACCACAAUGAGCUUUACCAGUGGAUUCCUGUGACUAACCCAUUAAAUCCCUGUGAGCUGCACUGUCGACCGGUCAGUGAAUAUUUUUCGGAGAAGAUGCUUGACGCUGUGACAGACGGAACACCGUGCUUCAUGAACAACAAAUCCAGAAACAUCUGCGUCAACGGAGUGUGCAAGGAGGUAGGCUGUGACUAUGGCAUUGACUCAAAUGCAGUGGAGGAUCGUUGUGGGGUAUGUUUGGGUGACGGCACAAGCUGUGAGACAAUCUACAAGUCAUUUGAUGAAGCAGAGGGCUUUGGGUACGUGGACAUGGGUGUGAUACCUGAGGGGGCACGGGACAUCCUGGUAAAGGAAGUAGAGGAGGCAGGUAACUUCCUGGCUCUGAGAAAUGUGGCGUCGGAGGAGUAUUUCCUCAACGGUAACUACAUCAUCCAGUGGAACGGGGAGUACGACGCUGGUGGGACAACGUUCUACUACGAACGCAGCGGAAACAUGGAGAACCUCACUGCUCCUGGACCCACCAAACAGCCAGUCAUGCUCCAGUUGCUGUUUCAGGAGAAGAACACAGGUAUAAAGUACGAGUACACCAUUAAGAAGACCACAGAGACAGAAAAUGAGAUCAUCGAACCUAUUUACAGUUGGAGGCAUGGGGCAUGGACACACUGCAGCACCACCUGUGGCUUAGGCGAGCAGCACCAGCCUGUGCGGUGUUUUGAGAUGGAUGUGGGUGUGGUGGAUGAGUCUCUGUGUGACCCGGACAGCCGUCCAGAGGACAGAUACCGAAAAUGCAAGACUAUGGAUUGUCCUGCAAGGUGGUGGGUUGGAGGUUGGCAGCAGUGCACAGCAACCUGUGGAUCAAACGGUGUGAGAAAGCGAACAGUGCUCUGUGUCCGUACAGUUUCAGGAGAAGAAAGGGUGCUCCACCCUGUGGAGUGCAAGCAUCUCCUUAAACCCAAACCUGUGGUGCCUUGCAACAGAGAUGUACCCUGUGGACAGGACUGGGCUGUUGGGAACUGGGAAGAGUGUCCAGUCACAUGUGGAGGAGGGGUUCGCUCACGCACAGUCACAUGUGCACUAGCGCCCAAAAAGACCUGCGAUCUCUCAACCAAACCUCAGUCCAGAUCACUGUGUGCCCUGCAGAGCUGCCCUAACUCAAGUUUACGUAGACGGCCCGGGCCUCCCCCUAAAUACCGCCGUGUUAACCCACCGAAGAGUCACCCCGCCAAACCUCCUCUUUCACCUACCUGGGCUCCCAUGAACACUACAGCCACAGCUGCACCAACAGCACCUAUCACUGUGAGGAAGAAAACAACCACCAAAGAAACUACAACUGUUUUAAUUCCUACCACCACACCCCUUUCAACCCCUGAAACUACAAUCCCUGAAAUCAUAGACACAGAUUAUAAGUUCAAUGUCAUAAUGAGGAAAAAUGCAGAUAAGAGAGGGAAAGCUUCCCCUUCCAAAUCCAAUUCUGCUGAAAUGGACAAGAAAGCUACUAAUGUGGAAAAGGAAAACAUGGAAGGAGAGGAGGGAAGCACGCCAAAUGUGGUGAUGUACACUCCAAGAUAUGAUUAUGUUGUUGAGGACAGGACAACAGAAGGAGAGGAGGAGAUUAUUGACCUGGAUGUUUUUACCACAGCUACAUCACUCAAAAAUCCCCUUAGAUCAACCACUUUACAAACAAGUCCACCUACCAUGCACCCAACCAAAACACCCACCACAACUACGUACUCCACCCCACACACUAGUACUGAAACAUGGGCAAAGACCACUCGCCACUUAUCCAACCCACACACCAGUCCAUACAGCCGCUGGAUACAUGGAGCUCCCCUCACCACUCCCGUGUACAAGAGCCACUCAGUCCCAUCAAAAACUGGCUUCCACACAACACAAGCUCCUUCCACAACUGCCAGAAAACUGUCCACCACUGCAGCAUCACCACAGCCCACAGUAAAGAUUAUUAAAGUGAAGAAACCUGCUGUAACUCCCAAGAAAAAUAUUACUCCCUCUCGUGCUAAAAAACCCUCUCCACGGUCCAAAGGCAGUCGCUCCAAGAGCCAAAACCAGAAACCAGAAAGUCCCAUGAGUAGCUCCACCAGUGACCAAAGCAACCUGAUGGCCAGAGAACCAGUCAGCAUGGAUAUUUUCUGGGUUGUAGGAAACUGGAGCGAGUGUUCAACAACGUGUGGGAUUGGUGCAAUAUGGCGACCAGUCACGUGCAGCUCCCAGAAGGAUGAGGACUGUGCCAACAUGAAGAGACCUGAGCCUGCACGUACAUGUCAGCUGCAGCCCUGUGCUGCCUGGCAAAGUGGCAGCUGGAGCAAGUGUCCAGAUAACUGCGUCGUGGUGGGAAGGAGGUACCGUGAUGUCCAGUGUGUCGAUUCUCAGAGUAAACGUCCCCUCCGACCUUUCCACUGUCAAGCGGUGUCCAGCAGACCUGUCAGCACCUUGACUUGCCCCCACAAGCCCUGCAUGACCUGGAGUGUAUCACCCUGGGGACCGUGUUCUGGCAGCUGUGGUGAAGGCAUCAGGGAGCGGCUGGUGUACUGUCCCGAGCCUCAUCGCUGUAGCACCACACUGAGGCCGAACAGCACAGAGCCAUGCAGUCUAAAGCCCUGCACUAAGUGGAAGACUGAGGACUGGGAGGAGUGCUCUGUGAAAUGUGGUGGGGGUCAGCAGCAGCGUCAAGUCAACUGUGUGAGCGACCAGGAUUUGGCUGUAAUGCCAAACAGCCUCUGUGAGAAGAUUUCCAAACCCGAAACACUCAGGAAGUGCAAUAUGCAGGAAUGCAAGUCCAACACAGGUCCAGUUUGCAGGAAGAACACCAUGUCCUCACGCUUCUGUGACAAGCUGAAGCUGUUAGGUCGCUGCUCUCUCAGGUCGGUCCAAAGACAGUGUUGUGUCACUUGUGGGGGUUACACACGCACAUUAAUUACAGUGGGCGCAUCCCAACUCAUGCAAUAGUGGCAUGAAGACAAGCCAUCCACAGACUGACACAUCCCAACCAAAGUGUUAAUAACCACAACACGACAAUAAGCACAUCUUAAUCACCACAAACGAACUUGGGUCGACUAAGAUUAUGUUACUGUUAUUUUUUUACCUAUUUGCAUAACUUUUUCCAAUGAGAAGUUUUGCUUGGAUGCAUUAGAAAAGUGAGCAAGACAACAAGCCAAAACACUGAUGAUGAAUAGACACAUUUGAACUGUAACACAUGUUAGAGCUUAAUAUUCAUAAAGCCAUCAGUGCUUAUCAGAAUUAAAAUAUUGAAUUAAAAAAAAGGGGACUUUAAUUGGAGGCAAGUAGAGUAAUUCAGUCAAAACAUUUUUAAAAAGAUAUUUUAACAUAUUUUAAGUAAAAUGACUAAUUAAAAAAAAAUCAAGAAAUACAACAAGAAGUUACAAAAGCUCAGACCAAUGCAAGAGCCACUCCUACACAGUUGUGAAAAAAAGUAAAGAAAAAAGAAAAUCAGUCAUUAGUUUACCUAUCAUACUGAUCUUUCUGUGUUGAAGGUGCUUUUAUAAUCAGGACGUUGGUGAUUCACAGCUCAACAGUCAAGUUACCACUUAUAUUUUUAUUUCAUAAGUGAACUGAUAAAAACAGAAUGUAAAUAUAGAUUUUUUUGUGACCACUUUAUUAAAUUGUUAAUAGUAACGAUAACCUCUGUGUUUUUUUUACUCAUAUAUUUAGAUUUUUUUUCUGCUUGAAUUGUGGGUUUGUCCUCAGAGCUGGUACUGUGUGUUUACAUUAUUCUGGGUGCGAGAUCCUGCUUUAGUCAUUUUUGUUUCAAUGAUAAAAUCAGCUGCAGAACCUGCACAGUUCUCCAGCUGAACCUGUGGUGCUCCUCCUAUGGUGUGAGAUUGACCAAUGAGAAAGAGGUGUUGCAGGUCAUCCCUCUCAGGUCCCUCUAAAGAUGGCCGCUGUGUUUGUAUGAUACUGUACAGGCAUUACCGCUGUCAUGUCUCUGGUACAUCACCUUGACUGAGUUGUCCUUCACAUGUCUCUAUAAAUGAAUGUUAUGAUAAAAUAUGUUUGUGACAAAACUGCUUUGUAGCUGAGACAUGAAAUAAAAUUUCCUUUUAA